GGACAGGACAUUAAACCUCAACGAAACGUCUCAAGAUUCUUUUAGUUGACAUUAUUAUGGUGUUUUUUGAUUAUCCCCAAAGGAAUGCAGUUACAAGUUAUGACUUGGUGGAGCAAAACCAAAAAAUAGUGACAUAAAAAGAACACAGGAAAGAUAUUCUAGGAGAACACAAGAAGUCUCAUCAAUCAAUAUAGUUCAACAUGAUAAAGAUUUUUAAGAUUUUCAUGUUUGUCUUAUGCAUAGUAUCAAUAAUGAUUACAUCACUAGGACUAUACCUUGAGAAUAUGACAAUACAAGCUCCAAAAUGUCAACAAGAUCACAUAUCAGUGGAAUAUACUAGAAGAGGACAAUUUAUUAAUGUAAAUGAAAUAAAAGAACGUCAAAAGAGAGAACCUGACAAUGAUACAACUGUUGGCAUUGAACUCAAUGGAAAUAACAAGACCCAGACAGUACAACAACCUUCAAAGGGUCAACAAGAUCAACUAUCAGUGGGAUAUACCAGGAGGGGAACAUUAAAGAAUACAAAUGGAAUAAAUGAACAUGAAGGAAAUGCUACUAAUAAUGAAAGAAAUAGCAGCAAAGCAAAUAACACAAGUACUGCUUUGACUAAAAAUAAUUCCCUAUUAUUAGAUAAACAAAUAAACAAACAAACGACAGUGAACACAAGUUCCAUAUUCCUUGAUUAUCAACAAGUUUUAAAAAAUAGCAAUUUCUCUAUGAACCGAACAGUUAAUAUUUCAGAACUGCGACCAGAUAGGUGUGAUGCAUGUUUUCCGCAAUCUUCGUACAUCUACAAAAAUGAUAAUUUGUGCUCAACAAAUAAUUCCACAAAUAAUUCCACAACUCAGGUUAAGCUAUUGGUAAUCAUUUUUACACUUCACCAUGAAACGGAAACUCGGGACAUGUUGCGCAAAACUUGGACAAGCAUUUCAAUAGGUAACACAAGAGAACUAAGGUAUGUUUUCCUCUUGGGAAAGCACAUGGACCCAAAGUGGAAUGUGAGAACUGUUGCAGAAGCUAUAAUAUAUGGGGAUAUCCUCAUGAAUGACUUCAUGGAUGAGUACGAAAAUUUGACUCUAAAGACGAUGUCUGGUCUAAAAUGGGCUACAGAAUUUUGCUCAAAUGCUGAAUAUGUUAUGAAAACUGAUACUGAUAUGUGGGUUAAUACUCCAAGACUGUUGAAAUUCAUUGAUUCAUUCAAAAUUGAAAACGAAAUAAUAGGAAAAUGCCCCGGGUACUUAAAGCCCCAAAGGAAGGUGCUAUCGAAGUAUUAUGUCUCUCCUGAACAGUACCCUCAUUUGUUGUUCCCCCACUUCUGCUCAGGCACAGGCUAUGUCACAACUAUGAAGGUAGCCAAAGAUAUUGUGGAAGUUUCACCCAAUAUACCCUUCUUCUUCCUUGAAGAUGUCUAUGUGGCACUUUGUAAUGAAGCACUGGGAUAUAAAGUACGAUCAGUGAAAGGAUUCAACACAAAAAGAAUGAACCUGAAUGUCUGUGGUUAUAAACAUAUAUUCACAAGUCACCAUAUAAUAAAAGGUGAAAUUGAAAAAGUUUGGAACAUAAAUUAUGAAGAUAAAACAUUUCAGCAGAAAUAUGACCCAUUUCCAAAAAAGGAGAACCAGACAGACUUACAAAUGGGAGACCCAUUUCCACACUAGACAUAUUUUCAAAAAUACUAAAAAAAUCCUUUUGAUACUGUGAAUCACACUCUCUUAUUUUCUAAAUUAGAAUAUUAUGGAAUGAGGGGCAUGCAGGGUGGUGAAAAACAGAAACCCUGCAUUUUCUCAUAUCUUUGUCAUUUUAAGAUAUCACUCCCUGAUAUUUAGCACAUGUGUACAUCAUUCAAUUUCCUACCAGCCUUUGAUAUUCUCAUGACCAUCAG